AGGCGGCUGCGGAGAAACGCGUUUUGGUCUGCGUUUGGCCCUUCGGAGGCGCCGUAGCGGGUGCUCGGCGCCGGCCUGGCUUCCGGGAGCGGGCGCAGCGGGCGCUGUGAGGAGCGCGGCGCCGGGCAGGAUGGCUGGGCACAGAUUGGUGUUAGUGCUGGGAGAUCUUCACAUUCCACAUCGAUGCAACAGCCUCCCAGCCAAGUUCAAAAAGCUGCUGGUUCCAGGGAAGAUCCAACACAUCCUCUGCACGGGAAACCUCUGCACCAAGGACACUUAUGACUACCUCAAGACCCUGGCUGGGGACGUUCAUGUUGUCAGAGGGGACUUUGAUGAGAACCUGAAUUAUCCUGAACAGAAAGUUGUAACUGUUGGACAGUUCAAAAUUGGGCUGAUUCAUGGCCAUCAGGUUAUUCCCUGGGGUGACAUGGCCAGCCUGGCACUGCUACAAAGGCAAUUUGAUGUGGACAUCCUCAUUUCAGGACACACACACAAAUUUGAGGCAUUUGAACAUGAAAACAAGUUCUAUAUCAAUCCGGGAUCAGCUACAGGAGCCUAUCAUGCCUUAGAGAACAACAUCAUUCCUUCAUUUGUGCUGAUGGAUAUCCAAGCUUCCACGGUAGUUACGUAUGUCUAUCAAUUAAUUGGAGAUGAUGUGAAAGUAGAAAGAAUCGAGUACAAAAAAUCUUAAACAUGCUUUGGCUUGUCUCGUAUUUUUACCAUCUCAUUCUGAACUGCAAGUUCCAAUACUUGAUUGCUAGUUUACAGUCCUACCCUUACUCACUAACAGCUUAAACAAUGUAGCUUCUUGGUAAUAACUUUGAAACAUCAUUGUGUUUGCUUUUCUCUCUAUGAAUUGAUUUGUAAAAUAUUCCAUUAAAGUAACUGUUUAAAUACUGUU